AUGGACAUGGCUACUAUAGCUAUGUGUCCAGCUAAAGCACCAAUGACAACAACUCCUUCUCCAAAGCUUGAUGAUGGUAUUUGUUUGAGUGCAACAUGGAAUCGAACGGGUGUCAUAGUAGCCGGACUAAAAGGAUAUGGAUCCGCGUUGGAUCGACUCAAAAGUCCGACUGGAAUAUUUCUCGAUAACAAUGAUGUACUUUAUAUUGCAGAUAGUGUCAAUCAUCGAGUAGUUAAAUGGAUGCUUGGAGCUUCGAGUGGUCAAGUAGUGGCCGGUGGAAAUGAAAACGGCAAGAAUGCUAAUCAAUUCAAUUAUUUGUCAAGUAUUGUCGUUGAUAAGAAUGGGACCAUGUUUAUUUGUGAUCGAGAAAAUGACCGAGUUCAGCAAUGGUUUGCUAAUGAUAGUCAAGGACAAACAAUUAUACAGAAUUUUUCAUGUUGGGGAGUGGCCAUGGAUAAAGACGAGUCAUUAUAUGUCUCUCAUUUUCGUGAGCAUUAUGUAUUGAAAUGGCCUACUAAUCAAGUAGUUGCUGGUGGAAAUGGAGAAGGAAAAAAUCUAGAUCAACUCGGGUACCCAUCCCAAAUAUUCGUUGAUCAAGAUCAUUCUGUUUUUGUUGCCGAUUCUCAAAAUGAUCGUAUAAUCAAAUGGUCUAUCGGUGCGAAAGAAGGUAUUGUUGUGGCUGGUGGAAAUGGAAUCGGAGAUGAUGCCAAUCAGUUUUCACGACCCGCUGCAGUAAUCGUUGACGACAUGGGCACCGUUUAUGUUGCUGACAAUUGGAAUAAUCGAAUUGUGCGUUGGCCGAAAGGUGCUACAUCUGGUACUGUUAUCGUUGGUGGAAAGAAUGCAAGUGAUGAGAUGACCAAACUCUCUACUCCCGAACAUUUGACUUUUGAUCGACAUGGAAACUUAUAUGUGGCUGAUACUGGCUAUCAUAGAAUCCUGAAGUUUGCUAUUGACAAAAGUUCUUGUACUUAA